AUGAGCUAUUUCAAUACAACUCUAUGGUUUACUGUGUAUUUCGUAGCGGGUAUUGGCGUAUUCAUACAUCUAUUGGGUGACGCUUAUUACAAGACUUUCGACAUGUGCGAAAUGUACCCACAGUUGUCAUUCCACGAGAAGCUAUUGGAUGAAAUACUAGUGCAUUCCACACGACUGCCACUAGUGCGUAUAUAUGUACCGACACUGUGUCUUUUAGGUACAUAUCUUAUCGUCUAUGCUGCUAAGUAUUGGGGACUUUUGAACCGAGGGUGGCCACUACUGGUGGAUCUACUCUCAGGUUUUUGUAUGCUACGAAGUCUGCCUUUUGGAAUUUCAGAGCCUGAUGUGCCUGAAUUGCUGUCAGAAAAUGAAGAUAGAGACGGGGAUGAUAAGGAUAAAUACUUUGAUGACAUCCCGUUGGUUCCUAUGGAUGACGAAGCGUGUCAUAAAGCAUUGGCCAAGUUGGUACAAUUGAAGAUACAAUAUGCUAAUCGAACGAUCUUACGGCCUGAUGACUGGCUCGUAUUCGAUCCCGUGCAGGAAAAGUUAGUGUUGCAAAAGCAUAUGACGCGUGUGAGUGGAAACCACAAGAUUUGCAAUGAACGCAGCAAUGGCAAUAAGGUUGACUUUCGGUGUGAGCAGACAUCUAGCGGAGACAGUGAUAACCAGGCAUUGCUGUAUGGUGGAGAUGCAAAAUGUGCAAAAGUGAUGCAAACGGAAAGGGAUAUCGACACAGAAGAUCAGGCUAAACAGCCUCCAGAAAUUGCAACGAAGAUGAGGAAGCGACCAUAG